AUUCCCAUCCCCCGCCUCCAGUCCCGGACCUGCUGCAGCCUGAGCUGGGGGAGCGGAGCUCGGUGGGGAGGGGAGCGGGGCAGGCGACCCAGGAGACAGCGGCGCCGAGGCCUCUCCCCUCCAGGCGGCCUCGGAUCCCACUGGACACUCUGCGGGCACACCGACCGCGCCUCUCGAGUCACCCCACGCCGACCCCUCCCCUUCUCUAGACUGCUUUCCCAUCCUUCUCGCUUUACCUUCCCCACCUUCCGCCGGGCUCCCGGCCGCCGCCCUCUCCUCCUUCCCGGACCAGCCCUUUUUGGCGCCCCUUUUCCGAAGGAGAUGCGAUGAGCUGGUGCCCCUGCGUCCUCAUCGCCGCCCCGGGCACGGUGCCCGUCCAGUGCCCGUGGUGGGGAGGGAGCACUCCGCGGCCCCUCCGUGACGCCCCUCCCUUGGGCCACCCCUCAGCUGGCGUCCCAGGGCCAUGCCCCAGGGGACCCAGCCAGGGGGUGGGCUCUAGAGAGAGCGGGGUGGAGAGAAGGAAGGACCGGGCCUUGGGCGCCUUUGAGAUGCUCCCAAGCGCCAGAGGGGGCCGAGCCAGGCUCAGGCAACCGGGCGGCAGGCAUGAUGCCCUCGCCUAGUGAUUCAAGCCGCUCGCUGACCAGCCGGCCCAGCACCCGGGGCCUUACCCACCUCCGCCUCCACCGAUCCUGGCUGCAGGCCUUGCUCACACUGGGGCUGGCCCAGGUGCUCCUGGGCAUCCUGGUAGUCACCUUCAGCAUGGUGGCCUCCUCCGUCACCACCACCGAGACCAUCAAGAGGUCCUGCCCAUCUUGGGCUGGAUUCUCGCUGGCGUUCUCCGGGGUGGUUGGCAUUGUGUCCUGGAAGCGGCCAUUCACUCUAGUGAUUUCCUUCUUCUCCUUGCUUUCGGUGCUCUGUGUCAUGCUCAGCAUGGCUGGCUCUGUUCUCUCCUGUAAGAAUGCCCAGCUGGCCCGCGACUUUCGAGACUGCUCCAUGGAAGGAAAGGUCUGUGUGUGCUGUCCCUCUGGUCCCCUACACAGACCCUGUCCAGAGUCAGGGCAGGAACUGAAAGUUUCCCCUAACUCCACCUGUGAUGAAGCCCGCGGAGCCCUCAAGAACCUGCUGUUCAGCGUCUGUGGGCUCACCAUUUGUGCCGCCAUUGUCUGCACCCUCUCUGCUAUUGUCUGCUGCAUCCAAAUCUUCUCCCUGGAUCUGGUACACACGCUGGCCCCUGAGCGCUCAGUCUCAGGCCCCCUGGGACCUCUGGGUUGCACAUCCUCGCCCCCAGCCCCUCUCCUACAUACGAUGCUGGACCUGGAGGAAUUUGUACCGCCUGUGCCCCCACCACCCUAUUAUCCCCCAGAGUACACCUGCAGCUCAGAGACAGAUGCACAGAGCAUCACCUACAAUGGCUCCAUGGACAGCCCAGUGCCCUUGUACCCAACUGACUGCCCCCCUUCUUAUGAGGCCGUCAUGGGGCUUCGAGGAGACAGCCAGGCCACUCUGUUUGAUCCUCAGCUGCACGAGGGCUCCUGUAUCUGCGACCGGGUAGCGUCCAUUGUAGAUGUGUCAAUGGACAGCGGGUCUCUGGUGCUGUCAGCCAUCGGUGACCUCCCUGGGGGUUCUAGCCCGUCAGAGGACUCCUGCCUGCUGGAGCUGCAGGGCUCAGUGCGCUCGGUGGACUACGUGCUCUUCCGCUCUAUUCAGCGCAGCCGCGCUGGCUACUGCCUCAGCCUGGACUGCGGCCUGCGGGGCCCUUUUGAGGACAGUCCCCUGCCACGGCGGCCCCCACGGGCUGCACGCUCCUAUUCCUGCUCUGCCCCCGAGGCCCCACCCCAACUGGGUGCCCCCACAGCUGCCCGUAGCUGCCACCGCCUGGAAGGCUGGCCUCCCUGGGCGGGACCCUGCUUCCCCGAGCUGAGGCGGCGGGUCCCCCGGGGAGGCAGCAGGCCAGCGCCAGCCCCUCCCACCAGAGCGCCCCCUCGCCGCUUCAGCGAUAGCUCAGGUUCCCUCACCCCACCGGGGCACCGGCCUCCUCAUCCGGCUCCCCCAUCUCCGCUGCUGCUGCCACGGUCCCACAGUGACCCGGGCAUCACCAUCUCCAGUGACACUGCUGACUUCAGGGACCUUUAUACCAAAGUGCUUGAGGAAGAAGCUGCUUCUGUUUCCUCUGCAGAUACAGGGCUCUGUUCUGAAGCCUGCCUCUUCCGUCUAGCCCGCUGCCCUUCCCCCAAGUUGCUGCGUGCCCGCUCAGCCGAGAAACGUCGCCCUGUGCCCACCUUCCAGAAGGUCCCCCUGCCCUCGGGCCCUGCACCUGCCCACUCCUUGGGAGACCUGAAGAGCAGCUGGCCAGGCCGGGGUUUGGUCACUCGUUUCCUCCAGAUGUCCAGGAAGUCCCCAGACCCCAGUGGGAAUGGAGCCCAUGGACAUAAGCAGGUGCCCCUGAGUCUGUGGGGCCGGCCCGGCCGGGAGAGUCUUCAUCUUCGCAGCUGUGGUGAUCUGAGUUCCGGCACCUCCCUGCGGCGCCUCCUCUCUAGCCGAAGGCUGGAGCGGGGAACCCGUCCCCACAGCCUCAGCCUCAAUGGGGGCAGCCGGGAGACUGGGCUCUGACCUAGGCUUCCUGCCACACCAGACAGAUUCAGGUGAAUGCUGAGGCCAUAGGCCACAGCUGGUUGGGACCAGCAGUCCCUGUGUCCUCUUGCACUGGCUAACACAAAAGGCACCCGCUGAACAACCUCAGAUGUUUCCCUUUCCCUCCUACCUCUGGGGAUUCCUGCUGCUUGCCUUUGUCCCUCUGGCCUAGGAGAGCCGCUGUGCUGUGCUGCAUGGGUGUUCAGGUCGGGAGACAUCUCUGCUUACAGAUAUGCAGGAGGAAAACAGGUAGAGCUCUGUCCCCCCAGCAGGAGAGCAACCCUCUGGUCAGCCAGGCGCACUAUGGCCAGGGCAAAGUCCUGUCCUGGUGUUUCAGCAUAGGGGGCUGUGUGCCUAUGCAAUGGGGUGGUGAGGCAUGAAGACAGAAAAAUCUGGUGACCUCUCUGCUCUGCCACCUCAAGCUGCAUGACCCUGAGCAAGUUAUUUAACCUCAAUUGCCUGAUCCGUAAAACAUUGUGAGGAUGAAUGUUUAUAAAGCUCUUAACACACACUAAGUAAGCCUUCAAUAAAUUUCAGUUUCCCCCUU